CCGGAAGUUGUUGGUGCAUCGCUGUUGCAGUGAAAUAAGGGAAAAUGGCAGCGUCCAUUCAGCGUUAUAUUUUUUAAGCAAAAUCUAAGAUGAGCUAAUCGUCGCCAUUGCUAUUAACUGUCGCUUUGGUGUCUUCCUCCUCUUGGGAUGGUAACCAGGAUGAAGCUGAAACUAAAGACUGCCUUUGUGCUCUACUUCAUGGUGUCCCUCAUGGGUCUGGUCUAUGCACUGAUGCAACUUGGUCAACGCUGCGACUGUCACGAGCAUGAUCUACCGAAGGACCGCACAAUUUCUCGCCUGCGUGGGGAGCUGCACCGCCUACAGGAGAAGCUGAGAAAGUCGGAGACAACCAAACAACCUCAGAAACAGGCUGUGAAGCCAACCAUCUUUGUCAUCACUCCCACAUACGCCAGACUGGUGCAGAAGGCGGAGCUGACCCGCCUUUCUCAAACCCUCCUCCAUGUUCCCCACUUGCACUGGAUCGUUGUUGAAGACUCGCCACACAAAACGCCGCUGGUCACUGACUUCCUGGAAAAAAGCACACUGACCUACACUCACCUUCACAUGCCCACUGCCAGGGACCGCAAACUGCAGGAGGGCGAUCCCAGCUGGCUCAAGCCUCGAGGAGUCGAGCAAAGGAACGAGGGUCUGCGCUGGCUCAGGGAAGACCGGCGAGCGCAGCAGGGUGGGGACACUCAGCAGGGUGUGGUCUAUUUCGCUGAUGAUGAUAACACUUACAGCGUGCAAUUGUUUGAAGAGAUGAGGAACACGCAGCGAGUGUCUGUGUGGCCAGUGGGGCUGGUCGGGGGUAUGAAGUUCGAACGGCCCGUGGUCGAGGGAGGAAAGGUGGUGCGCUUUCACACUGGCUGGCGUCCCACUCGCCCUUUCCCCAUGGACAUGGCAGGGUUCGCAGUGUCACUCAAACUGGUCCUGUCCAAUCCUGACGCCUGCUUUGAUGGUGAUGCACCCAUGGGGUUCCUGGAAAGCAGCUUCCUGCAGGGACUGGUGACCAUGGAUGAAUUAGAGCCCCGUGCAGCUCUGUGUACCCAGGUGUUGGUCUGGCACACUCGAACAGAGAAGCCAAAGAUGAAGCGAGAGGACGCCAUGCAGGCCCAGGGACUGGGAUCAGACCCUGCUGUGGAGGUCUGAGAAACAUACACGCCUGAACACACAUCUAUGCUGUGUAUCACUUAAUGCAAAACAAACUCUCAUGUAAAUAUUGUAACAUAUGUACAGGGUAUUUAAAUUCCGUCUGUCAAGUGUUUGGUGAAAUGAUGAGUGUGUACUGUAAACAAGGGCAAGUGUGUUGACUUGUACUUCCUCAUAUUAAAGAGAAACGAUCAGCAACUUUUCUCAGCAGCGCAAGUGUUGUCCUGAUGGGGGCAUCAAUCUGCAACAACAACGACUACUGUUACAAUAUCAGUGCUAGCAUGUUAGCUCCUUCUCAAAACUUCAAGUGACCUACACUGAUGCAUGUGACUGUUUUAUCUUCAAGUUAGGCGUACAAAGAUAAUACUGUGUUGAGAUGGUAACACUUUUAAUGAACCUUCUGCAAGUUAGGAAAGUAUGAAUGGUAGGACACCUCUCGAAAUAGUGGCUUACUAUUGCUUACACUGAUGCAACUCCUAACUGUAAAUACCUAAAAGUAGGUGUUGUUUUUUAUUUAUUUAUUCAUGUAGAAAUUCACCCAUGGGAAGAUGAGCUCCAUCUGUCAGUUACCUGAAACUUUUAGCUAAUACUCAUCAAUUAAGUGACAUUGCCAUGGACAUUCUUCCGUGAAAGUCUGCAGUCGUAAGAAUUCAAGAGAAGUGCCAUCAUUGAAAAAAAGCUUAACCUACAGACACAACGCUUAACUUGCUUCUCUUUAGUCGCUGCCACUCUGUGGUUCAGUUAAUCCGGAGUCAAACGUGGUUUAAGUGCUGCUGAAACUUGGAAUGUCAUGUCGAUGUGUCAGCUGUCUCCUCAUGUCAUGUCUGAGUGAAGAUGUCGUUUCUGCUGUUCAAUUUGUCACACAGGUUCUGUCCAACGUUCUGAAGUGUGAAAUAA